CACGCACGCCUAUGUUCAUUUCAUGCCUAUACCACCAGGAGCCGAUGAAUACCCCUUCGAACAUCAUAGUUCUAAUCCAUUACAGCCUUUCUUGACACAAGAAGGUGAAGAUGAAGAUAUUACCGAGGAGCCAGUGCAUUUGGCGUCCGCAGAGGAAAAGAAACGCCGAUGGUGGAGAAACGCGGUAUUGAACGUGUUGUUUAUUGCAUCCUGGUUCUUCUUUGCCACCGUGCUCUCUGUCUACAAUAAAUGGAUGUUUUCAGACAAACACAUGAACUUCAAGUUUCCCUUGUUUGUCACAACGCUUCAUAUGUUUGUGCAAUUCGCACUAUCUGCGGUUCUUCGAGUCGUUUGGCCACAUCACUUCCGUCCAGAAAAGAGUCCGCAGCUCGAAGAUUACGGGAAAAAAGUAGUUCCGACGGCUGUAGCCACCAGUCUAGACGUAGGACUGUCCAACUUCUCCCUCAAAACGAUCUCAUUGUCUUUCUAUACCAUGUGCAAAUCUUCCUCGCUUAUAUUCGUUCUCCUCUUUGCCUUCUUCUUCAAAUUAGAAACGUUUUCUUGGCGCUUGGUCGGAGUUAUCUUCCUAAUUUGCGCAGGCGUCCUUCUCAUGGUUGCGACUGAAACACAUUUCGUGCUCCAAGGUUUUCUUUUGGUUAUCAGCGCUAGUGCCUUGGGCGGCCUACGCUGGGGCCUCACUCAGCUACUGUUGCGGAAUAAGAAACUUGGUUUGGACAACCCUGCCGCGACUAUUUUCUGGAUGUCACCUACUAUGGGAAUUUCUUUGGCUGUAAUAAGCGCUGUUAUAGAAGGAUGGGGCGCCGUUAUACACAGCGGUUUUUUUGCCACUUUGCCAAAGGCCCUGGAAACGAUCUUCUACCUGAUGGCCCCCGGUGUCGUCGCAUUCUGUAUGGUCAUGAGUGAAUUUUAUAUCAUUCAACGAACGGGCAUGGUGCCAAUGUCGAUCGCUGGAAUAGCGAAGGAGGUAACAACGAUUACUAUCUCGGCGUGGUUCUUUGGCGAUGAGCUCACACCGUUGAAUAUUACCGGUGUAGCGGUCACAGUUUGUGGUAUCGUCUUAUUCACGUAUCAUAAGUAUCGAAAGUCAAUCGACUCGCCGGUGCCAUUGGACGCACACGGAAAUCCUAUAUUAUCAGAUGAAGAAUUUCUUGAUGGUGAUCGUGGACAACACGUUCUGCUUGGUGACUCGCUGCCAUUAACAAUGACGCGUGGCAGUGGGGAGUUUCACGGCGUGCGCUUAUAUUUUACGUUUGAGAUGCCCGUUACUCACGCAGACCGAAACACAGGACAUUUCUUCGGCGAGCUCCCGCCAAUUGUUAUUCUCCGCCGAAGAGGAAAUUGAGACUGACGACGCGACGCUUCCGUCGGCUGCGACAAUUCGACCUCGAGCGGACCGACGGGCUGCCAAACGGAGUUGGAC